AUGAGACGUAUACGACGUCAGGACGCAAUUCGAUAUUGCUUUUUAUGUCUCAUUUCAUGUUUUACCAUUGUGUGUAGUCUUGUUAUAACUAAAUUUUACUUGAACAAUGCACAAUCAUCGAUAUGUUUUCCUCAAAAUCCUAAUAAUGAACUAGUUGAUCGUCAAGAUGAAUGGCAAUAUCAAAAUAGCAUCACUGGUCAAUGGUAUCAUUGGAGAACAGUAUAUAAAAGACAAAAUAAUGAAACUGAAUGGCGUGUCAAUUGGUUAAAUAUUGUUCCAAAAUCAUACCUCGGUGUUAUUGCCUAUUUGGCUACAUACGGUGAACUUAAAUCACUUCAGAUGUCACUUGCUCAGUUAUCUCGUUUGUUAUUAAACAAUCCACGGCCUGUUGUCAUUUUUCAUGAAGGUGAUCUUAGUGCUAAUCACAUUCAACAACUUCUAGCUCAAACAUUAGGUAAUCAUACUCCAUUAGCUUUUGAAUGUAUCAAAUUUUCUAGCAGUCCAAUUCGAGCUGGACGUGUUCAUCGUCAAUGGUCACCUAAAUAUUUUCAUAUGUGUCGAUUUUUUACUCUAAUGCUGCCAAAUCAUCCUUUAUUAACGCUAUUUUCAUUUUAUUGGCGACUUGAUACACAUUCCUAUAUAUAUGGACAAAAACCUAUUGAAGAUCCAUUUGAUAUCAUGAAAAAACGAAACAUUCAAUAUGCUUUUACUAUGGCUAAUAUAGACGAUAAGAUACAUACUGUUGGUUUAUGGUCAACUUUUCAUGCAUUUCUCAAAGAUCAUUGUUUGAAACCUUCAAUAGCUUUUCGUGAAACACAAACUGGCUGGUUCAAUAGCUAUUCACUUGCGAUUAUCUAUACAAAUUUUGCUAUAGCUAAUGUUUCUCUUUUUCGAGAUCAUUCAUUGAUACGAGCUUGGCUUCAUAAAGUUGAUCAUAAUGGUGGUAUUUAUCGUUAUCGAUGGGGUGAUGCACCUAUUCAUACUUUAGUUCUUACUCAAUUAGUUUCACGAAAUCAAAUUGCACGUUUUAGAUAUUUUGGCUAUAUGCAUCGAAAUGAAUAUGUCUGCGCUAGUGGCACAAAAGUUCGUUUGUGUAAAGCACAAACGAAACCAUUAUUUAUAGAUCCUACAAUGAAGUAUUAUCAGCAGCCAGUUGGAUGUAAUCCAUCUUCUGAAAAUCCUUUGUGUCAUUAUUAUCCAGAAAUUAUACUGUGA